ACCGAACGCUUUUGCCUCGAAAAGGUUCGUGCCACCGGGGGAACCGAAACACUUCCGGAGAAAUUCGACGGUGUACUGGUGACAAGCGUGGUGACGGGAUAUUUUAAACUGUCACUUGACGUUCAUUCGAGACUGCUGCAGUAGCUGUUCGCCCUUGACUGCAUUCGUCGGUAGAUAAAAGAAAUUCAGCUGCCUGCGUCAUGGUUCAACUGCUGGUUCUCCCGCCAGCGGCUGCCGGCCAGUCGGGUGCCUUUGGCAAGCUCACCGAGCUGAAUCAGGUGGAGGUGGAACCCGUGGGCCGGUGGUUUGAGGCUGUGUACCAGAACGCUCGCACCCGGCACGUCUCAUCGGCAGCAUCAAUUGGCUCAGAAUCGUCGGAUGAAGGUGACGAAGGAGGUGCUGCUGAGGACCCUGCCGAGACCCAGUACCUGCUCAGCCUCGAUCCCAAGGAAUGGAAGUCUCAAGACCAUUACCGGGUGCUCGGUCUGCAGUUGAAACGACAUGCUGCCACCGAACAUGACAUCAAGAAGGCCUACCGGCGCAAGGUGUUGCUUCACCAUCCGGACAAGAGGCGCACAGCGGGCGAGCAGGUGAGGGACCUGGAGCGUGACUACUUCUCCUGCAUCACCAGGGCAUACGAAAUUCUGGGCAACCCUGUUCGGCGGCGCUCCUACGACAGCGUGGACCCUGAAUUUGAUGACGACAUUCCAGCGAAUUGUGCAGAAUCACGGAACAAUUUUUUUGCCAUAUUUGGGCCAGUGUUCGAGGCAAAUGGAAGGUGGUCGACCAAGGGAAACAUGCCUCCGCUUGGUGAGGAAAACUCCAGCCGGGAUGAAGUGGAUCGCUUUUACCAUUUCUGGUACAGCUUUGAUUCAUGGCGUGAAUACUCAUACCUGGAUGAAGAAGAGAAAGAAAAGGGAGAGAAUCGUGAAGAGCGUCGCUGGAUCGAGAAGCAAAAUCGGGCCGCACGGCAGAAGCGCAAGCGGGAGGAGAUGCAACGCAUCCGCCAGCUUGUCGACACGGCGUAUGCCUGUGACCCCCGAGUGCAACGCUUCAAGGAGGAAGAGCGUGAGCGCAAGCUGGCACAGAAGCGAGCCCGUCAGGAAGCGACCAGAGCACGACAGGAAAUGGAAGAGAAGGAACGGCAGGAGCGUGAGGAAGCAGAACGCCUGGAACGAGAACGGCAGGAGGAAGAUGCCAGACAGCAGAGGGAGAAAGAGCGUCGAGAGAAGGAGAACCUGCGUAAGCAACUCAAGAAAGAGCGCAAGGCCUUGGAGGCAGUCUGCACAGAUGAUGGCCACUAUGCGGCCGACGCCGAGGAGCACGUGGUGCGGCUGCAGCAACUUCACCGGCUCUGCCAGCUGCUCAGCCUCGAAGAGCUGCAGCAGCUCAACCAGGCCAUGGAAGCAGCCUCAUCAAGCGUGGGCGAGAGGAAGUCCCUGUUUCUUGAAAAGGCCAGGGCCCUUGAAAAACGUCUGGAGCGUGAGAAGGCGGAGCAGCUGGGCGUAAGUGGUCGGAGCCAAGGGGCAGGAGGGGACAAGGGCUCCUCUUCCUCCUCUUCGUCCUGGAGCCCGGAUGAUGUGCAGCUGCUCGUCAAGGCUGUCAACCUCUUCCCUGCUGGCACAGCCAAUAGGUGGGAAGUUGUUGCGGCCUUUCUCAACCAGCAUGGAGCCGCGUCUGAUCGCACAGCAAAGGAGGUGCUCGGCAAGGCCAAGAGCUUGCAGAAAUUGGACCCACAGCUAAAGGAGGAGGCCAACCGCAAGGCGUACGAGCAGCACCAGAAGUCCCUGGGUACCAAGGCUGAGGUGGCCUUCAAGGACGAGUCCGCGCCAUCACAGCGCUUUGAUGCGCCAGGCGACCUCCACUGCUUUCCAGCGGCACCAGGCUUCCGCCGAAGCUCGAAACGUUCCAAAAAAGGUGAUGGUGUUUCAGCCGUGAUCUGGCAGGCUGAUGAACAGCGCCUGCUUGAGCAGGCCCUGAAGACAUAUCCGGCUAGCACGCCCGAUCGAUGGGACCGCAUCGCAGAGUGUGUGCCCACUCGUUCUAAGAAGGAGUGCAUGCGACGCUACAAGGACCUAGUGGAGCUUGUGAAGACCAAAAAAGCGGCCCAGCAGGCUGCAGCAGCAGCAGCAGCUCAGAGUGGCCGAAAAUGACAAGUCAUGCACUGCAAGCCCUGAUGGCAAGUUUCUUCGCCCACAUCAGGACUGUUGUGUGUGUCUGUGUAAUUAGAGGGUGCCUUUAAUAAAGUGUCUGCUAAACCUAAACUGCCUGAUGGUGAGAUGGUAACUCUUGCAAGGAGAGAACUAGCACAUUGAAUCUGUUUCUCUUGAAAAACACUCCUAAGACUUUUCGUACUGUACUGCAUCAUAUAUGUAGAAUAAACUGCGCUGCAUGUUUCUUACUUGUAUGGUGUUAUUUCGUCCUAGCUGCCUUGUCUCAUCUGUCGUUGCAUGGCCUACUUUACUUCCAUAUACAGCACUCGCAUUUUGUUCAAAGAAAUAACUUGAAAAUUUCAGAAAAUGCCUGUGUUUACUUUGGCGAUGUACAACUGAGUGAUGUACUAAAGGAUGGGCACAUUGCUGUUACGGCAAUAAAAAUUAACAUGUCUGUUGAA